AUUGAUCUCACCUACUAUGAACUUCUCGGCAUUCCAGUCAAUGCCGACAAGCUUCAGAUCAAGAAAGCCUACAGAAAACUUGCUAUUGUUUAUCAUCCUGAUAAAAAUCGUGAAGAAGGAGCCGAGGAAAAGUUCAAAGCCAUUUCGGAAGCCUAUCAAGUCCUGUCUGAUCCUCAGCUGAGAGCACAUUACAACAAAUAUGGCAAAGACAGCGAGUUGGCUCCUGAUGGUGGGUUCGCAGAUCCUCGCGAAUACUUCCAGCAGAUGUUUGGUGGCGAUGCUUUUAGAAACAUCAUUGGAGAUCUGGCAGUCGGUGAUAUGUUUAGUGAAGGGAUGAAGCAAGGCAACGAGUCUGCGGACCCAGCAGCAGGAUCAUCGGUGGCAUCACCUCAAUCCGGUAACAGUGGUGAUGUCAGUGCGUCAGGACCAGAGUCUAAGAAACAGAUGGGAAUGUCCAAAGAACAAAUGGAGAAACUUCACAAGCAACAGCAGGAAAGAGUCAGGACUUUAUCCGAGAAGCUGAUUCACAAACUCUCGCUCUAUACCGAAAGCGAAGGAGACGAGACCGCGGCAGUUGCGUUUCAAGAACAGAUCAAGGUCGAGGCCGAGAAACUGAAGAGCGAGAGUUAUGGUCUUGAGCUGUUGCACUCAAUUGGCGGAGUUUAUUCGAGCAAAGCCAAACAAUACCUGGGAAUGCGUGGAGGUGAAUUACCCGGAAUUUUUCAGAGUAUAAAGCAAAAGAAGCAUUUCGUAAAGGAACUGUGGUCUACUGUCAAAAGUGCCAUGGACAUGCAAGCUGUGGCAGAAAUGGUAGCAGAGGCAGAAGAAAAGGGAAUGGAUCAAGCCGACAAACUCAAAUUGGAAGAAGAAGCCAGUAAUAGAGCAUACAAAGCACUUUGGCAAACAUCUAAAUUUGAAGUUGAAGCUACUUUACGUCAAGUAUGUGAGACCGUAUUACAAGACAAGUCUGUUGACAGUCGGACAAGAUACAAGCGUGCAGAGGCUCUGCGCAUGGUCGGGUACAUCUAC